GUCUGACAGCUCGCGGCAGCAAAAGGUGUUUUCGUGCGAGUGAAUUUUUCGUGUGUUUUUGCUCUGGGGGAGAAAAAAAAGCCAAAAUGCCGAAAAGUUUGGCGUCGUUUUGCCGUCUGUGCUUGACGAAAACGGCGAGCAAAGUGCCCGUGUUCGGCGGAGAUCAGGAGAAUGUGACCAACCUGCUGGCGUUGAUCGAGUUGAGCAUUAACUCCCGUUCUGAACCCGAUGCUGCCGUGUGCUUCGAUUGCAUCGUGACCUUGGAAGCGUUCCUCCAGUUCAAAGAUCAGUGCCACGUAAACAAUCAUUAUCUCAAAACAGUUGCUUCCAAGAACGACGCCGAAGAUUCGGAAGCUAGCGGGGAGGAGGAGGAGGAGGAGGAGGAGGACGAAGAUGAGGAUGCUAUGGAUUGUGACUUUUUGGAUGAAGAUGAUGCUGAUGGCUCCGAAACAAUUGACAGUGAAGAGGAAGGGCUUGUGGCGGAACUUGAACCUCCAAGAUCACCGGUGAAAAGGACGUUGAGUUUGAGUCCAAUGAAGAUGACUGAAAUUGACCCACUCGAUAUCACGAAAUGUCUACGGAAACAGACGGCAAAGCCAGAAUGCAGUCAAAAGAAAACUGUGGAUGUGCCGAAAAAGCCCGUACUGGAAAUUCCGAAACUUCCAGAACUUCCAGAACCAACGGAAGAAGACUUGCCGAAACUACAAGACUCCUACCCAGAUUACUUUCACUUUGAAAAAGGGAAAAAGUCUCGGUACUUUGAUCUGGUUUACCACGGCAAGCGGUUCAAUUCGGCCAUUUACGGAACCUGUAACACCAUCUGGCAGUGUGCGCAUCGGAGAAAAUACAGGUGUUCUGCGGUGCUUCAAGUCUCUAAAGAUUACACGAAUUUUGAGCCACGUAACGAGCAUACGCAUGGGAACUUGAAAACUAAGGGAGAAUCGGAGCUGUUCACCCCUCAGCAGGCUCUUCCGAUCAUGUUCCGAAUCAGCUGGAAAAAGAAUCAAGAGAGAAAAGCCAAAAGGGUUGCCAUGUCGCGCGUAAUGAAGGAACGCCUUAAAAUUCAAAGGGCUAAAGCCAAGGCUGAAGCUGAAGCUGAGCGGGAGAGGAUAAAGGCUGCGCGUAGGAAAAAGCCCAUUCCGAAGAUUCCGGAGUUCCCCGGUCCACAGCCAGCCGAAGACGAGCUACCCAAGCUGCAGGAUUCUUAUCCAGACUACCUUUACUUUGAGCGAGGCCCCAACACUCUGUAUUACGACCUGGUUUACUACGGGGAGCGCUACAAUUCCGCCAUUUUCGGGUCCCGUUACACCUUUUGGCAGUGCUCACAUCGGAGAAAGUUCAAGUGUCCAGCCACGGUUCACGUGACAAACGAUUACACCGAGUUUGAGCGACGCUACGAGCACUCGCAUGGUGAACAACCGUCAACGCGAAAUGUGGAGCUGUACACUCCCAAGCAGGCACUUCCGACCUUGUUCCGGAUCUGCUGGCACCGAGUGAAGGAGACAAGUGUCAAAAGACUACAGUUGAAGGAGUUACGCAAGGAUAAGAUUUUGACGGAAGAGUACAGGCUUGGCGAUAUUCACGACGAACCGGUUGAGGAAGAGUUGAGCUUCGUUGAAGAGCAAGCGGAUGACAGUGAUGAUUCGUUUACAUGGGCUGAUUGAAAUUUGAGGAAAUAAAUUGAAAUUUGUUUGAUUAAAUGAAACUGA